AAACACAACAGCAAAUUAGAGAUAUUUCAAUCGAAGUUGACUUAUAUUCAAAGCAAUCAACACAAUUUCACAAUAUGUCUAAUGAGUUUGAAAUUGCUUUUUGGUUAGCUCAUCACAAAAGAAUUUUAGAUUUAACAAUAAAUAUCAAAGAUGGAAUAGUAAAUGGAAUCAAUAAAGAAUCUGAUAUGGCUUCAACAUCUAUAUAUGCUUUAACACAAUGA